AUGUUAACAUUUCUUCUUAGUUUCUGUCAAACAGUAUCAAUUUCACCAGCAUCCUCAAAACUGUCAAUAGUGAAGCCAAAAAUUUCCCAGUAUCUUUCAUAUGCUAUCAUCCUGCUUUAUGUUUCUUGCUAUAUUUCUAAUGGAGAAGUUCUUUACUUUGCAGCUGCUGAAAUGAACAAUACAAUCACAAGAUAUGGCUUCAACUUGCAAUACUGUUUUGUGAAUUUCUCUGAUUUCUUCUCAUAUGCUCUAACUGGGGUUUUGCAGACCAUCAAGGAUAUCCUGUUCAUAGUGGGAAUGACAGCAACAAGUUGUCAUUCAGUAGUGUUGCUGCUUUCUCACAACAAGAAAGUGAAAAAGAUCCGUAGUACUGAGCGAAGUGCUGGAGAUUCAGCAGAAAUCAAAGCUGCAAAAUCUGUAGUAACCUUGGUUACAUUGUAUGUUAUUUUUUACGGUGUUGAUACAGCUAUUUGGGUUUAUUCAUUUACUGUUCCUAAAGUGCCUACCCUACAUUCAAAUAUAAGACUAUUUUUUUCCACUAUGUAUACUACAGUAUGCUCAGUUGUGGUUCUAAUUACCAACCCAAAAAUAAGGAAGAUCAUUCAGUGUAAAACAUUUAUUUAA